AUGCCGGUGGUUGGCGUUGCAUCGAAACUACGGCAACCAGCUGUGGGGUCUAAACCCAUUCACACUGCACUGCCCAUCCCCAACCUAGGGAGGAGCAGCAUGGCACAUGGACUGGCACCCAGGAGCUCGGAGCUCAGGAGCUCACAGACUUCCAUGCUCUCCUGUCAGCUGUCACUCAAGACAGAGAUCCAGGAUAGGAGGAUGGCCCAGGCUCCAACUCUGACUUUAGCACGCAGCAGCAGAGAGGCAGAGGAGAGUAAGAUCUGCAAGAUCUAUACUGAUUGGGCAAACCAUUACUUGGCCAAGUCCAGCUGCCCGAGGCUUAUUAAGGACCUGACACAGGACAUACCCGAUGGAGUUCUGCUGGCAGAAAUCAUCCAGAUAAUAGCUAAUGAGAAGGUUGAAGAUAUUAACAGUUGCCCCAAGAGUCAUUCUCAAAUGAUUGAGAAUGUGGAGGCUUGUCUGAAUUUCAUAGGGGCCAGAGGAGUCAGUGUCCAAGGGCUCUCAGCUGAAGAGGUGUGUAAUGGGAAUCUGAAGAGCAUCCUGGGUCUGUUCUUCAUCCUGUCCCGCUACAAGCAGCAACAGCAGCACCAGCAGCAGUACCUGCAGUCAUUAGUGGAGCUCCAGCAGCACGUCACACAUCAGACCACUGGGGCGGCGCCAGCGAGCCAGCACAAAACACAAGACAUGCAGUCCAGUCUCACCGCACGAUACACUACAAGUCCACCAGGUCACAGUGGAAUAGCAGCCCCUCAGAAGAAAAACACAAGGUUACCAGGCCCCUCUAGAGUCCCCGCUGCAGGCAGCGGCAGUAGCAGUAAAGGCCACGGCUCUUCUAACCUGAAUCGAAGGAGCCAGAGUUUCAACAGUAUCGACAAGAGCAAACCACUCCAGUAUGCUAGUGGCAAUGACAGAGAGUUGGUGAAGGGCAUCCCUCUGCCAGGCAGCAUGAACGGCAGUGGCUCUGUGCCCUCUAGCACCAGCGGGCAGCAGCUGGCCUCUGCCAUUCCCUCUCCCACUGCUGGCAAGACCUGGCGUAGCAAGUCCAUGAACAUGAAGCACAGUGCCACCUCAUCCAUGCUGGCCACCAAGCCGCCCAGCCCAACCACCUCCCCGACCCCGCCUUCCUCAUCAGAUCGCCUACGACCGCCCAUUACAGAUGCUUCCAAAUCAGCCCCAGGCAACCAGCGUUCCAUGCUGGAGACGUUCCGCCUCAUCAAUCCUCGCUCCUCAUCCAGAACUUCGCCUUCGGUGGCUGAGAUGUCUCUUCAAGAGGAAGACGAUCUGUCAGAGUAUGGAGACGAUGGGGUCUGCAGUCCUACACCACCCUGCGGGAUCUCGAAACAGCAGGGAAAAUCCUCCACACCUUCCUUUGCACCCCCAAGCAAGAGUGUAGCCGCCACCAACAACUGCAAGAACCAUAAUAAUAAGUUGCUGCCACAGCCCAAAGAUAAGGAGGACAAGAACAAGACAAAGAGCAAAGCCAGCACACCACCCAAAGAGGAACCAGUAAUAGUGGAGUCUGCUAAGAAAGGCUCCAAGAUCGCCAGCCUCAUCCCAAAAGGGAACAAAGCAUCUUCAGCCUCGGCCAAGAAAGAAAGCGCUAUUCUCUCCUCCAGUGGCAUUCCCAAGUCCAGUCUGAAGGCUCCAAUGGCGACAGCCAAGUCUGCGGGAACACAAUCUAGUGUACCUUCAACUGGUGGUGAAAAGACCAAACUAAGCAAAGGUGGUCAGUCUCUAUAUAUGCAGAGAUCUUUAGGAGGGUUGGAAAAUCGUAAGACCAGCAUGGUGUCCUCAACCAGUACUUCGGCACUUUCUGGAUCCGCUGCUUCUCACGCACUGGGAGGAUGUGGGGCACUGGGGGGUAACGGGGCCGUACAUCUGCCACAGCAGCAACAGCACAACCACCCUAACACUGCAACAGUCGCCCCCUUCAUGUACAGGACGUACUCAGAAAGCGACUGUACAACUGUGGUCCCCCCUGAACCGUGUCUCAGUCCCACAAAAGACCUGGUCUACAGCAAGACCGCCAAACAGUGCCUGGAGGAGAUCUCAGGGGAGGAUCCAGAAACCAGACGGAUGCGUACAGUCAAGAACAUUGCUGAUCUGAGACAGAAUCUAGAAGAAACCAUGUCUAGUUUACGUGGGACGCAGAUUAGCCACAGUACCCUAGAGACAACAUUUGACACCACAGUAACCACAGAAGUGAACGGUCGUGGCCUUCCCGCCCUCUCGAGUCGCUCUUCCACCAUGGCUUGGCGUCUGGGCCAAACAUCGAGCCCUCGUCUGCAGGCCGGUGAUGCCCCUAGUUAUGCCCCGCCCAGAUCCAGUGCUGGCACCACUGGUCGCUAUGGUGACCCCUCAAGGUUGGUGUACACCACCCCCCAGAGGAGAGCGACCGCCUCAGGGGUCAGAGGGUCAGAGCCAGGGGAGAAAGGCGGGAUUUCAGAGGUGGCGCCAGAGGUGGACAUGACAGGAUAUGGGAGUGAUGGAGACAUAUUGGCCAAAAAUGUACAUGCAGAUGACAUCAGUGGGUAUCACACAGACGGAGGUCUUUAUUCUCGGAACGUGGAUCUUUACUCUCGAAAUGUGGAUCGUCCUCCUGAAUUGAUGCCCACUAGAGAAGUCAUCCAAAAAGGGGUCAAAGAGAUGCAAGGGGAGGACAGUUGGGAUGACAGUAGUUCUGUCAGCAGUGGUUUGAGUGACACUUUAGACAAUAUUGGGACUGACGAUCUGAAUCCAUCCUCCUAUUCCGGCAUUUCACCGCGCAAGAGCAAAGCAGCACAGUCACAUAAAGACGCACACAGACACACUGAGCAGGAUGGCAGUAGCUGGGCUGGUGCUGAAGAUCUGAAGAAGGUGGAUGAAGAGAUGGAACCAGGGAUAGACCCUUCCGGUUCCUGGAGGAGAGGCAUGAGUGCCCAGGUUGGCAUCACGCCACCACGGACCAAAAGCACAUCCACCUCCCUCAAAACACCAGGCAAAACAGAUGAUGCCAAGGCAUCCGAGAAGGGCAAGGCCUCGUCUAAGAGUCCCAGCAUCCAGCGCUCACCAUCGGAUGCGGGUAAGAGCAGUGGAGAUGAGGGGAAGAAGCCACCCUCAGGCAUCGGACGGCCACCAACCACCAGCUCUUUCAGCUUUAAGAAGAUCCCAGGGCCAGCAGGGGCCCUUAUCACAGCCAGCGGGGCCACUCUGGCCAGUGGCUCUGCGACUUUAGGCAAGGUACCUAAGUCUGCAGGUAUCGGGAAGGGCACUAGUGUCGGCAAUGGGCGGAAGACGAGUCUUGACGGUGCUCAACACCAAGAUGACGUUGUCUUGUUAGGCUGUGGCGGCUCAAAGGUUCCCCUCCAGUACCGCUCCUUGCCCAGACCGGCAAAGUCAUCUAGCGGGGGUAGCAGUGUAGUGGGCCGCAGUGGGCAUCGUUCCAGUUCCAGCAGUAUUGACUCAAAUGUAAGCGGAAAGUCUGCAGGAGGAAGUGGAGGAGUUGGAGCAACCACAAACAGCACAAAGAGAAGAGACACUGGUAAAGUAGGGUCGGGACGCUCUAGUCCCGUCACCAUCAACCAGACGGAUAAGGAAAAAGUGGCGGGGUCCGAUCAAGAGGGAACGGGGCUGUCCACCUCCCCCAAAUCCAGUCCCACUUCCACCCAAUCUGGACUCAGACAGCCAGGCUCCAAAUAUCCAGACAUCGCAUCCCCCACAUUCCGCAGGUUGUUUGGCAGUAAGGCCAGCAGUAAACCCAGUUCACCUGGCACCCCUGACUCUGGUAAAUGCCCAUCAGCACUGGGCAGCCCUCAUGGCACACUGGCACGACAGGCCAGCCUUGACUCGCCCUCCUCAGGAACAGGUAGUCUGGGCAGCAUGGGUGGGCAGAGCGGAGGCAGCAGCCCACUAUAUGGCAAAACACCUGACCUAGGCACAGACUCCCCGGCUUCAAGUCCGGCAUCAGGCCUCUCUCUGCCCUCUAAUGCCCGCCCGUGGCCUCCGAACCUCAGCAGCUCCUCUGCUGGCAGUAAAGACACCCUGAGCUGCCACAGUAUGACCAGCUUACACACAAGCUCUGAGUCCAUCGACCUGCCACUCCCACAUUACCACGGGCCAAAGGUCACCCGCACAGGCAGUGUCAAGUCAACCCUAUCUGAAGGCAUGCCUCUUGACAGAAAUACUCUGCCCAAAAAAGGAUUAAGGUACCCUCCCUCCUCCAGACAGACAUCACAUGAAGAGGGGAAGGAAUGGUUACGUUCACACUCCACAGGAGGUCUGCAGGACACAGGAAGUCCACUUUCACCACCGGGCACAACAAGCACUAAUGCUGGCAAAUACCACUAUUCAAACCUCCUGAGCCCCACCAGUAUAUCGCAGUUCAAUCUUCCUGGCACCAGUAUGAGCCGGUCUAAUAGUAUUCCAGCGCAGGACUCAUUUGAGCUGUACGAGGAGGGGCACACUUUGGGCGGCAGUGCCACCUCACUAGAAGAGCGGCCACGUGGCAUGAGUCGAUCCAACUCCUUCAGAGACAGCACCGAUGAAGUCCAUGGCUCCUCUCUGUCUCUGGUCUCGAGCACGUCGUCUUUGUACUCUGCGGUGCUGGCCUUUUUAGACAAGACAGAGGAGAAGGCACACUGCGAGGGCCAAACAGUGCAAAAUACAACGCAAAUCAGAAAACUGCGGCGAGAGCUGGAUGCUUCCCAGGAGAAAGUGGCAACCCUGACCUCUCAGCUGGCGGCCAAUGCACACCUGGUGAUGGCGUUCGAGAAGAGUCUAACGAACAUGACCUGUCGCUUGCAGAGUCUAACCAUGACAGCAGAGCAAAAGGAGUCCGAGCUGGCGGAGUUGAGAGAGACCAUCGAGGCUCUGAAAACUCAGAACACUGAUGCCCAAACGGCCAUUCAAGUGGCUCUCAAUGGCCCCGAUCAUGUUCAUAAAGCAGACCUGCGGAUCCGUCGACAGCACUCGUCAGACAGUAUGUCCAGUAUUAAUAGUGCAGCUAGUCACUCCAGCAUGGGCAGUGCUAAAGAUGUAGAUGACAAGAAGAAAAAGAAGAAAAGCUGGGUGGCUGAUUCCAUCCCUGCCCAGUUGCGGAGCUCCUUCAAGCAGGCCUUCAGCAAGAAAAAGACCAACAAGCCCCAAUCGUCUCACGAUGAAAUCGAGGAGAUGACUGACUCCUCACUCCCGUCUUCACCCAAACUACAACACACUAACAGACAGACCAGCACCCACCAACCACUGCGCUCCUCACCGUCCACCACAGAAAAGAGUUUUUGCGAUAGCAAGGCCUCCCCCAUUUGGAUGGCAAAGAAAAAGUCAAACGGUCAUGUGGUCUACAAGCACAGAUCUCGAUUGUGUGAAUGUACAGAGGCUGAGGCGGAGAUUAUCCUGCAGCUGAAGAACGAGCUGAGAGAGAAGGAGCUGAAGCUCACUGAUAUCAGACUGGAGGCGUUAAGCUCCGCCCACCACCUCGACCAGAUACGAGAGGCCAUGAACCGCAUGCAGAACGAGAUUGAGCUGCUGAAGGCUGAGAAUGACAGACUAAAGUCCAGCGGCAACACCACCCCUGCGGCCACACCUGCUAAAAUGGCUCGCCCCCCUUCAGAAACCUCCAGCACCUCCUCCUCUUCCUCACGCCAAUCUCUUGGGCUGUCACUAAACAACCUCAACAUCACCGACACCAUCAUGUCAGAUAUUCUGUUGGAUGACAGCUAUGAGGGCAACCUACGCAAAGAAGGCAGGAGCGUCCGUAUAGUGGUCACCAUCAAUAGCGACUUCAACAAGACCAAGGCUAUGCAGAAGAAAGAGUAUCUGAUUGGCUCCAUUGGUGUCAGCGGAAAGACCAAGUGGGACGUGUUGGACGGCGUCAUCCGACGACUGUUCAAGGAGUAUGUGUUUCGUGUGGACCCACUGACCAGUCUGGGCCUGAACUCAGAUAGUAUAGUGUGCUACAGGAUGGGUGAUGUGGUCCGAUCUCACGCCUGUGAGGUGCCUGAGCUGCUUCCCUGUGGAUACCUAGUGGGCGACCACAACAUCAUCACAGUCAGCCUCAAAGGUGUGAAGGAGGGAAGUAUAGAUGAUCUGGUGUUUGAUACUCUCAUCCCUAAACCCAUCAUUCAACGCUAUUUAAACCUUUUGAUGGAGCAUCGCCGUAUCAUCCUCUCAGGUCCCAGUGGAACGGGAAAAUCCUACCUAGCCACUAAACUAGCUCACUUUAUCAUCUCUAAGACUGGACGAGAGGUUACUGACACUAACUUGGCCAGCUUCAAUGUGGACCAGAAGUCCAGCAAGGAUCUUCGCCAGUACCUCUUUAGCCUAGCCGAGCAGUGCAACACAGAGGUUUGUGAGACUGAGUUGCCCACUGUAGUUAUUCUGGAUAACCUCCAUCAUAUUGGCUCUCUCAGUGACAUUUUCAAUGGAUUCCUCAACUGCAAAUACCACAAAUGCCCGUAUGUCAUAGGAACUAUGAAUCAGGGUGUGUCUUCGUCUCCAAACCUGGAGCUGCAUCAUAACUUUAGGUGGGUGCUUUGUGCCAACCACACUGAGCCAGUGAAGGGCUUCCUGGGUCGCUUUCUGCGAAGGAAACUAAUUGAAACAGAGAUCGCUAAGAAUAUGCGCAGUAACAACCUCAUCAAAAUCAUCGACUGGAUCCCUAAAACCUGGCAACACCUCAACACCUUCCUAGAAGCUCAUAGCUCCUCAGACGUCACCAUUGGUCCUCGGCUGUUCUUAUCCUGUCCAAUGGAUGCGGACGACUGUCGUGUGUGGUUUACCGACCUGUGGAACUACUCUCUUGUGCCAUAUCUACUGGAGGCAGUAAGAGAAGGGCUACAGCUGUAUGGGAAGAGGGCGGCAUGGGAGGACCCUUCUAAAUGGGUGAUUGACAACUACCCCUGGAGCUCUGCCUCCCUGCAGCAUGAAGGCCAAUCACUGCUGCAGCUGCGGCCAGAGGAUGUGGGCUAUGAUGGCUUUAGUUCCUCUAAAGACGGAGCCGCUUCCAAACAAGUAUCUCAGAGCGACACAGAGGGAGAUCCACUGAUGAAUAUGCUGAUGAGGCUACAAGAAGCUGCUAACUACUCCAGCGCCCAGAGCUGUGACAGCGACAGUGCCAGUCACCAUGAUGACCUGUUGGACUCCUCAUUGGAGUCUGCCCUGUAAGCCCCACCCCAUUAGAAGAGGAAUUCUUCUGAUUGGUUUAAAAGCAGAGAGAGAUGGGCCGACAGGACUUGUGGUUAUGAGGCUUAUUAAAGGCCUGUGGAGGAGAUUUGACACCUGAAGAGGUGAAAGGAUACAGCGUCCAGGAUACAGAUGAAAUGGUGCUGGUGGCACAACACACUGGCAAAGUGUGUGUGUGCUUAUUACUUUUAAAAACAAUGAAAUAUAGUUUGUUGGGUUCUGGAGGUUAAAUAUGUUUACAAAGGCAGGUGUCUACUUCCACUGAGGUGCAACAAUCUAAAGGGCAACAUUCUGCAUUCUGACCUCAGUCAAUACAAUCGGUGCUGCCGUGGUGCCAAAACCAGCAAUCAUCUGGUUUACACUCAUCUCGCCAGCACCAUUCAUGAAACGCCUCUAGCCGACACGCACAAAUGUGCAUUGUGUCAUUACCGCUACUGUGAAAUCAUACGCAAAUGUGCAAAUCUCCACCACUCGAUUCACUGCCAAGCGUAUGGUGACCUACAGCACUCUUAAACCAACGAUUGCGGCUUACACACCGUUACAUACAGUAGUCUUUCCUUCUACCCCAUGGCCGUGUGCGUAGUUUCUUCUCCUCUCUACAGGUAUGAGGCGAUUGCUUGUUGGAGGGGGUACUAGCUUUGUCAGAAAAAAGGCCAGAACAUGGUGCUUUCUUGCCAGCAUGAUCUCAUGAAAAUUGCAUGACUGUGGCAAUAUUUUUGCAAAAUGAUAUUACAUGGUUCCUUGCACAUAUUGCAGAAGUUGCAAGGUGAAAUAUCCACUGCGUGGUGCUAAAAGUAAGGUAUUUUUUCUCCCAAACAGAUGAUGUUUAAGGGUAAUACUCAACUGAGUUUUAAAUCAACAAAACCUACAUCCCUACCAUAAACCUUAAACCUAACAGACAUUGUUAGAAAAAGCAAAUAUGUGAUGAAAAACAAAUGAGGUUUCGAAAGGUAAUACUCAAUCGAGUUUUAAAUCAACAAAACCAACCUCCCUACCCUAAACUUUAAACCCUAACCAAACAGAUAGUGUCAGAAACAGCAAAUAUGAGAUGAAAAUAGAUUAGGUUUUAAAGGGUAUUACUCAGUAAAAUUUUAAAUCAACAAAACCAACCUCCCUACCCAAAACUUAAACCUAACAGAUAGUGUGAGAAACAGCAAAUAUGAGAUGAAAACAAAUGAGGUUUUAAAGGGUAAUACUCAAUCGAGUUUUUAAUCAACAAAACCAACCUUCCUAUCCUAAACCUUAAACCUAAACCUAACAGAUAGUGUCAGAAAAAGCAAAUAAGAGAUGAAAAAAGAUGAGGUUUUGAAAGGUAAUAAUCGAGUUUUAAAUCAACAAAAUCGAUCUCCCAGUCCCAACCCUAAACCUUAAAAUUGAGUGGUGGUGGUGUAGUGGGCUAAAGCACUGAACUGGUAAUCGGAAGAUAAUUGGAAGGUUGCUGGUUUGAUCCCCACAGCUACCACCAUUGUGUCCUUGACUUUUGUGUCCAACUCCAGGUUGCUCCAGGGGGAUUGUCCCUGUAAUAAGUGCACUGUAAGUUGCUUUGGAUAAAAGCGUCUGCCAAAUGCGUAAAUGUAAUAAUUGAGUUUUAAAUCAGCAAAACCAGCCUCCUUACCCUAAACCUUAAACCUAACAGAGUGUCAAAAAAGAAAAUAUGAGAUGAAAAACAAUCUGGGUUUUGAAAGGUAAAGCUCAAUCGAGUUUUAAAUCAACAAAUCUGACCUCCCUACCCUAAACCUUAAACCUAAACCUAACAGAUAGUGUCAGAAAAAUCAAAUGUGGGCUGAAAAGCCAAAUUGCUGGAAUGUCAUUUUGUGGUUCUUCUAUGACACUUAUAUGACAGUGCCGCAAUACGUACAAUGGGCCGCGUAAAAAUUAUUUUGCAAAAAAUGUAGGUAUAGUAACAUGAUUCUAUGAGAUCAGGUUGUUUCUUGCUGCCUUAAGUGUGCUGAGCUCUGAAGACAUUUAAAUGUGGUUCCACUGUCCUUUCGCAGAAAUGAUGGUGUAGGACAGAAAUUCACAUCCAUUUUCCUAUAAAUGCCAUGUCAACAUAUUUUAUUUUUGUUACAAUUAGUGUGUUAAGUCUAAAACAUGCCAUUAUUAAAGAGUCCAAAUGUAUAAAGGAUUAAAAAUAUAUAUAUCUUUAUGUAAUCCCAGUUGAGCUGGGAUCGCUUGAAUCAAAAGCACAAAUCUGAUGCGUCGCUUUGCUAGCAUGCUGUUUUUACGUUGCGAUAUGUGUGCGUGCACACGGAAUCUGUCAGUUUUCGCUCCUGUGCACCAGUGUUCGUGUAGUCAAAUUUCAUUAAUCCUUUUCUUUUUGGUUUGCUAAGUGGGUUUUGCACAGUUGAAAAGGUGAUUGUAAAUAUUCAAGUCUUGCACAGCCAGGUAAAGAUGCACUCUGCGCAGUUGGUAUUCCAUUUCUGCUCUUAUAGUCUAGCAUUAUGCUCUUGUAAUUUACAAAGAAAAAAGCAAACCAGCAAACCUGUCCGAACCUUGUAUGUCUUGUAAUGACUGGUUAUUAUACAGAGCUCUAUACCAUCCAGUGAGAGGUGAAGUGUUUUUAAAUCUCAGAAAACUUUAGUGUCAAUUUACUGUUUAAGGGUGCAAAAAUGAUCCAAAACGGUUAUCUUUACAAUGCAUCAGAGCCCAACCACAUCCUACAUUAUGCUGUUACAAUUCCUAGCUUGCAGUUUUAAAAUACAGUAGACCUCAAAUGUAUUUGGACACUUAAGCCACACUUGAACAAAUAUUAAAUUGGUAGAGAUGGUGUUAAUAACGCAAAGAUCAUGGGUUUGAUUCCCACAGAACAUACGAACUGAUAAAAUGUUCUGUAUACCUAAAAUACACUGUAAGGGUGCCGUUCACACCAAAGAUGUUUUUGCGUCCAUCUGCACUGUAGAAUAGUUUUUCUACAUAAACAAGCGCUAGAUGGAUGUCUUUGACCGUAUGAGCGUUUUUCGCAGGAGCGCCAAAUUGUUAAAUGUGUCAAGUUAAAACGAACUUCAACUUUUAAAAACCUUUUCUGUUUUUUUUUUUUUCCCAUUGUGAUGCAUCUAACUUUUUUUUUUUUUUUUUUUUUUUUUUUUUGUGCAAAAACGCAAUCAGGUCUGAACGGCCCCCAAGCUUGUGCUAAAUUUAUAAAAGUAAAGGUAUUUUUUUGCAUCAGAUAACAAAUCAAAAGAAAACAGAUAGAAAAUGAUCAAACUAUGUGACAUUUAUUUUAAAGAAAGAUGGCACAAGCACACUUUAAGCAAAACAUUUAAGAAAAAUACGUUUGUUAGGUUUUAAUUGAUAAAACAUUAUAUAUAGUGUUGAAAAUGAAAGCAACAAGUAUUUGGACACUUUCUUUGUGGAAUGUGUCUAUAAUGAACUACAUCUGUGUUUACUUGGGGUAGACUGACUUAAUGUGUAUAUAUACACCAAAAAUAAACUUAAGAGCAGUUGGUUAAAAGAGGUUAGAUCUGAGAAAAGGUCUAGCAUCAUUUGUUUGCAGAUGCCACUUAGUUUGAUAUGUUGCUAUCUUAUGCAAAACAUUAAUACAUUUAUAAAUGAGACAUAAGUAUCCAAAUACUUUGGGGGUUACUGUAAAUCACUUCCAAUGUCAUGUUUAACUGUGAAAGACUUUCAUUUGAGAAUAUUUUAAGAGUUUGCACAUGUUUACAGUAACUGAAUCUCUGUUAGCUUGGUGUACAUGGUAAGGAGGUACAAAGUGUUAAAUACAACUAUGCUAUACAGUAGGUGCUAUAGGUGAGCUCAUCGAAAAGCUUUGUACUGACAUAAGAUCAGGCCUUUACCACAUCCAACCUCACCUUGUGGUUCAAACUGAUCACCACAUGCAAAGUAACACAUUCUUACUGCCACUAUAGUUUUACAAAGCUUUCCUUUUUCUCUUUUAAUUCAGGUAACUGCUUUUAAUUCCUUAGCACUUCAACAGUGCCAUGUGUGUAACUUUCAAACUCUGUGACUCUGUGCCUGAUUCUUUGCUUGUCAAUCAUUAGUCCUGUUCAUUGUGAAAUUACUCAUGAAAAACACCAUUAGUAAGAAGCGCAGUAUAGUUUUUGAACUGCCUAACUGUCCCGAACCUCAAAACAAACAAAUAUUGAUUGUCUAUGGUACAUCAUGAUUUUUUUUUUUCUCUCUCUCUCCAUGUUAUGGCUAACACAUCUCUCGAUGAGCACAUAACAUUGAACUGCUUUGAAAAUGUUUCUUUUGAGGUGGAACAUUUGUUGGUAGAUGUUUUAUAUUUUGUACAUUUGUAAGUAACAUAUCAUGUAAAUAGAAAGAGACCACAAUUUAAAUCAUUUGGGGGAUUUUGUAGUCUUUGUAAAGCCCUUAAUAAAUGAUAUUUGGUGUCACCCGAG